AUGAGGAGCUUAGCUCCUCUUCCGAGUAGACAUGUAGGGCCGGGAGCAUUACCUCGUCUAGGUCACGCCUUGCUGGCCACUAAGAACGCGGUCCGUGCAGUCUCGGGAAAUGUCAGAGGCGAGAGCGCGGAGGAAUGGAGCGGUAUGUUCGCGUCUGAUUCGCGAAGGCGAGUUUGGCCCAACGGUGCUGAGGUGGACAAUCAGAACUCGAUGAUAUGGAUGCCAAGCGCGUUCUCAGGAGCGCAGCCAGCGCUGGCGGAUGGGGAGCUCCCAGGACUUGACGAUCAAGAGCGACCCUAUUUUCGGUACCCCACCGCAGCAGCGCAGAACGCAGCAGUAGCCGCGCAGGACGGAACAACGGCUCCCGCCGGAACCCCUGCCGGAGCAGCAGCAGCAGCGGCAGGAACAGUAGGAUCAAAUUAUGAAUCUUUCGCGAUGAUCAGAGCUCGCGAUUCCAAUCCAGCUCAUUUCACCGUUCGCCACUCCCCUUUUGCGAGCGACCCAGCCCCGGUAGCGGCAGCAGCCGAGGGUUCGAGGUACAACCCUGACGCUCUCCGCGUCCUUUCCGAAACCCUAGCUCCGCAGCUUAGUCACUCUGGCUCCCAAGCAACCCCUCUUUCGCUCACUUCAGCCUCUAAUAACUCCUCAGUUGAACCGAUCGUCGUACCUAGAGAUGGUGCCGGAUCGCCAGGUUCGCAAGGAGAAAACGCGAUUCGGGAAAGUGCCGAGCUUUCAAAAUCGAGUAGGUUGGGAGGGGGCGACGAGAGGCUGGGAGGAUUGCUGCCUCCGCGAAUGGCGGGGCUCAGACUGACGUGGUCGUGGGAGGAAUGGAUCCUUGGGCUCGGGAUUGGCGCUGCGGCUAUAGGCUUCGCCAUGGCUCUUGUCACGAGCGCGACUGGCGGGAGGCUUGUUCAGGGACGAAAUAUGUCCGCCGUUUUAGCCCCCACCGGGAGGGCUGUGAGCGGGGUUGUUCUUAGCGAGGCUGCUGCUGCUAGCGGGUCGGUUCUUAGCGGGGAUCUUCUGGCAGGCGGCGAUGCGGCAGCAGCGGCCGGCAGGGGGGCCGCGGCGCCAGUGAUAGUGUUGGGGGAGGAGCAGAUCGUGGGGGUUGGAGAAACCGGAAAGAAGGUUCCUUUUUACCUGAGGGAGGCGAAGCCAGGAGUGAUCGAACUGUCUGCGGCCACUCUGCCCCAUGUGUUGCGACUCAGGCCCACGCUCGUGAUGUUCUACGCGCCCUGGUGCCCCUACUGCCAGCGCAUGGAGGCCGCAUGGGCGGCUCUGGCAGAGAAGCUCCACCAGGAGAGCUUCAACGUGCAGGUAGCUCGGGUGGAUGCAUACAGGUACCCUGAGUUAACGGACAAGUACAAGAUCCCAGGCUUCCCCACGCUCAUGCUAUUCAAUGGGGAGAGGCCCGUCGCGACACACAGGGGGAGGAGGAACUUGGAGGCGUUGUUUUCCUUCGUGGAGAAGCACUUCUAG